AUGGUCGCGUUUAUCGUGGGCAACAGCCAUCCCGCCAUCCCCGUUUCCGCCAUCCCCACUUCCGGGGAACACUCCUCCGGUCCCGCCGCAUUUCCCGCCGUCUCUGCCGCCGCCGCAACCGCAACCUGCGACUGCGCAAGCAUAUCGUGCAAGCCGACAAAUUUAGACCAACCGGGUGGAGAGCAGGUUUCGGAUCCUAGCCGUCCGACCAGUUGUUGCAGAACGGACGGUCACGAUGCAGGGAAACGUACGGAGCUGAUUCCUGGCUUGCCUGAUGACGUGGCAGUCAAGUGCCUCGCUCGCGUGUCGAUCGUCUGCCACCACAGCUGCAGGGCUGUAUCCCGCACAUGGCACGCUCUCUUCUCAUCGCCGCUCCUCUUUGCCGCCCGGCGAAUCGAGGGGCGGCAGGAGCAGCUGCUAGCACUCUUCCAUGGGGAUCCCUCCGCUUCGGGCGGCUGGCUGCUGCACCAAUCACAGCGCGACACCUGUCCCACAUCCAACCAAUCACAACUCACAGGUCCCUCACCCUCAUCCAACCAAUCACGCAGCGCCACGUGGCGCCGCCGGCGCAUCCCUCCCAUGACCCCCACACUCAACACCUACGGGCUGUUGGGGUUCGGCCUGGCUGCUGCUGACACGUGUCUCUUUCUGAUUGGCGGAACAGUUUUCGACGCCACCGCCUAUCCAUCCGAUCGACCCGUACCCACGUCCGGAGUGUUCUCGUUUGAUCUUAUCUCCAACCAGUGGCGCCAGUGUGCUUCUAUGGCUCAGCCUCGAGCCUCUUUUGCCGCUACCUCCCUCCCUUCUCAUCCUCCUCGCCUUUCUUCCAACAUCAACAGCAGCAGCAGCGGCAGCAGCGGCAGCGGCAGCAGCAGCAGGAACAGCAAAAUUACAGGUUUGUCGGUUAGUAGGGUUGGCGGAUCAGUGGUGGCAGGGGAAAUGGAGUGCACGGGAACUAGGGGAGCGGUUCUAGUGGCAGGGGGAAGUCACAGCCCGGCCCCUGCCAUGGCCGGCAGUGUCCAGCUGGCAGCCGCUGAGUGGUAUGACGUGGCAAGUGACACGUGGCAUUCUCUCCCGCCACUGCCAGAGGCCAGAGGGGGCUGUGUGGGCGCGCUGGUGUCUUUGUCUGCUGGCGACUGUGACAGUAGGGGGGGCAGAGGUGACAGCGGCAGGGGCAGGUGUGACAGCAAGGGGGGCCAAUGUGACAGUACCAGGGGUAAGUGUGACAAAACCAGGGGUAGAUGUGACAGGGGGGAAUGCUGCAGCGGCAAUGAGAAUAACACGAUGCUGGUGGUCGUGGGAGGGUUUGGGUCGGAACCGGACUGGCAGGUACCAGCAGGAGUGGUGGGUGCUGCGGCUCCGGUCCGGCAAAUCCGAGCCUUCCUCCCCUCCGCUCGUGCAUGGGUCUCAAACCCCUCCAGCACCUCAAAUCCAUCAGACGUCUCAAAUCCGUCAAACGCGGCAAUGCUGAAUUCAAACCCCACAGCAGCUGCUAGUGGUGAGGAGGUUUCGAGACUCUCAUCAGCUGCUGGUGAGUCUGGGUUGAACCUCGCAGCAGCAGCAGCAGCAGCAGCAGCAGCAGCAGCAGCAGAGGCGGUGAGGGGGGUGUGCUUGCCGGUGGAGCGGCGCACUGCAGGCCCGGUGGCAGUGCUGCAAGGGCGCCUGUACAUGCUCGCUGGUAACACCCUCCUCCGCCUUGGCCCCGCCCUGGACAUCCCCCACAUUGCCACCAGCAGCACCACCAGCAGCAGCACCAGCACCGCCACUAGCAGCAGCAGCAGCAGCGACGGCAACAGCAGCAGCAGCAGCAGCGCUGGCAAUACUAGCUUCUCCAGCGUCCUUCCGAAGCAGCAAGCUAUGCCAUGGGUAUGGCACCGAGUCACCACCCUCCCAUUCUCCGACCCCACAGCGGGGUUCUUUGCCCUCAACAGCGAGCUCUUUGUCAUCCCCACCACUCCCUUCCGCUUUAGUUUCGGCCGGGCCAGGCGCCUUCCCCCCCAGCAGCACGCCUACUGCCCCGCCACCAACACUUGGCGCACUGAGCCGCUGGUUCCCGUGCUCCAGGGAGUCAGGAUGGAUGGGCGGGGAGGGGCGGGCAGGGGAGCAGAAGGGGCGACAGGGGGGCGGGUCGGAGGUGGGGAGCUGGGAACGGCUGCGGUGAUGUGCUUGUAA